AUGCCGAGAGAAGUGUCCCGGUCGCCGCCUUACCGGAGGAGGCAUUCGCCAUCCCCUGCCAAUCAUGGCCGGUACAACAGCAGCAGGAAAAGCCGGAAGGAUCAUAGCCGUUCCCCUUAUGCGUACAGGUGUGGUCGCUCGCCAUCUUUCUUUGUUUAUUUGCUUUCGUUAUACUGGCCUCGAUCGAUAAUUCACCUCAACCUACUGUUAUAGUAUUUUUCCGGUUGCAUUUAUUCCUCCUCGUCGUCAUCAUCACCAUCAUCAUCGUCAUCUUUAUCAUUACAUCUUCUAUGUGCAAUAGAAAAUUAAAAAAAGGAAAAUAAUGCAACUUUUUGCAUAGGUAAAUGAACAGGUAUCUAAUAUGCAUUCGCUUCCUCAAGUGCUGGGUGAUUAGACUACCUUUCAUCCAUGAAUUAUCACUUGAGAAUAUCAGGGGAUCGAUUGGCAAAGCUGUUUUUUGUUUCAUGGUUGCAUCUGUAGUAUGCAUAGGUGUAUCCAAAUCGUUUAAGUUGCCAAGCACGUUGUUAUGAUAGGAAGGGUACUGAAUGUGUUAUCCAUCGCCAUAUAGUUUUGCCUAUAGUUUUGCCUUCCUGUUGAUAGUCUCUCUGCUGAUCUGCAUAAGAAAUUUCUCCAUUGAAUGACUCCACUGAACUGUCACCUGUUGAAAAAUUAGUUUCAGGUUGUUGAAGAUUUCAUAGCCUUUUAUUAUGGCCUAAAUGAGACAUGAAUUUACUUAUAGUUUGAGAAUAAACUUAAGAAAUGUAUUGGUUUACUAGAAAAAUGUUAAGUGGAACAUAUUAUGACUUUAUAAUGGUCAUUUCCAUGGCUCUGUCUACUAACAUCUAUAUGAUAUGUGUGAAAUGGAAGGGUUCUUCAGAAAGGUUAACUUUUUGUUUACUUUCAUCCACUGCAUAGGCUGCAGUUUCCUUUCGAGUUGAACUUCCAGUCUUAGUCUACCUUCUUCUUAGGCUGAUCACCAUUUUGUGAUCAUAAUGGUCACUUCUUCUGUAGUUCUGCAUCAUUUUUUAUGGUGAAAUCUAAGGGAUGUUUUCUAAGAGUAAUAUGAUGGAAAGCCAAUUAGGCCCCAGUAGUACAAGAAAGAUGGAGUGAUGAGUAAAUUUCAGAGCUAAAAUGACCACAGUAUUUUUUUCAAUUUUUUUGGCUUCGCAUCUUUUCUAUACAUCGUGGGGCAUCUUAUUAUGUAAUUUGAUAAUGUCCUCUCAAUUAUUCAAUGAACUUAUUCACAGAAUUGUCUGCAUUUCACAGGUGUUGAUGAAAUUUAGAAACACUGGUUAUGGUUCACUGUAGUAUCAAGAUGUGGACAACAAAUUUGAGACAUGUCCAAUAAGUGAUUUUGAUGGUCAGAGGUGGUAGGCUAGGAUUUCUUAUCAAAAUGGUAAAGAUUAAUAUUCAUGGUAAUGAAAAUAAUUUACUUUUUUUCAUUAUAUCCUUCUUUUAUAUACAUUAUUUUAAAAUUUUAAAUUUUUAUUAUUUUUAUUUAAAUUCAUUUUUUUAACUUGAAAAUUCAAAGUUUCCUAUGCAUGCCUAUUAAUGGUCACUAGUUUUGGAGUAAAGGGGAAACUGGUGGUGGAGCUAGUUUUAAAACUGUGGAAACAUCUUUUAGCUGUCCUCUUUCUGUUCACAUAGUAUAUGCUUGAUGAUGAUGGUGAUGAUGAUAGUGGUCAUGUAUAGUGAUGAAGUUAGGUGAGUACGUGAAACAAGCUUUAAGUUUCCUAUGUGUGGGAACGCACGUGAUUGGUUUUGAUAUCAGAUUCAAUGAUAAAACUAUACAAUGAUCUUUCUCACAGAGGUUUUUAUGGCAUAGAAUAUAGCAAGUUGGUUUUGCAUGUUUUGGAUUUUAAAACAACCAUGGAAAGAACAGUUAUUAAGAGAUGAUGGAUGCUGUUAUAGUUCAUGCUUGAUUCGACUAUACAAGAGUGCAUGUGAUAAACGAUGGAGCAUGCAAAGCUUAGCCUUAAAACUACAUGAGGUAACUGUUCUCAUUAUGUUGUAUAAUCAGUUCCGCCAGUAUGUUCAACAUGAAGUCAAAUCGUAUGUCCUUUCUUCCUCAACAUUACUUCAAACUUACCUAAUUUCCGUCACAUUGAUCUACAGGAGAAGAAGUCGUUCUGUUUCUCCAAGACGGCAUAAAAUUCAAUCUCCAUCUCGUAGGCGGGAUAAAAAUAUUUCUCCAGCUCCAAGGCAUUACAGGAGACCAAGGAGCACCACAAAGUCUCCAGUGGAGAAACCCAGGAGUCCAAGCCUUGAGUCACUGGAGAGAAAACAUUCCAUUGAUAAGUUGAAAAAGGAGGAAGAAGAAAAGAAGAGGUAUAUGCAUUCCUGUUGUGCUAGUGUGUUUGUCAGUGGGAACUAAUACUUCUAUAUCUCCUGUUAUGAUUUCGUGGAUAUUUUUUUUCAUGCAUGUGUUUGUAUGCAAUCUAUUAUCCUAAGAAUUGCACUGGCGUCUUGCAUAUAGAUGCCUAUAAAAAACCAUGAAUCAUUUCCUUGUGAUUGUAUUAUUUACCGUUCUCUUCACUUUUGUAGACUUUUGGCAUUUUUUUAUUUUCCUUUUGCUUAUGUAAUUUUUUUUUAUCAUGGUUAUUUUAUGGUGUUCAUGAUAAAUCCCAUUAGAAAACGGAUUUUACGAAACAUUUUGAAGUGUAAUUGUGAUUCACUGUUUUUGCCAAACCAAUUUGUUAUGCAUGGAAUUUUCUGUCGUCAUUUGCCUCCUGUCCUCUGUGAGAACGUUGAUGCAUCAUUAUUAUGCAAUAUUUUACUGAUUGAUUCAUUGUCUGCCUACAGGUGUGUUAUUUAAUUUAAAGAAAACAGAUAGAGCAAUAUUUCAAGACAUAAAUGCCAUUGAAGAGUAGGGAAAACUAGUCUCAGAUGAAUGAUACAAGUAUAUGGAAAAUCAAUCGCAAAUUUAACAGAGGCCAUUAAACCUGGAAAUAAAAUAUUAUUGAUAUGCUUAUUACAAUGUAGGGUGACCAGAUAAAGUUGUCAGUUUCACUCUAAUAAUAAAAAGAAAUUUAUUUUUGAUGGUGCCAAAAAUAUGCGACGUUUACAUUUUAUGUGAACUUCAUUAGAUGCUCGUUGAAUCAGGACCGUCAUGGAGACUGUAACUAUAUAAUAAAACCGGGAUUCGGAAACUUUACUCAUUAUCACGAUGAAGAGACAUCUUUGCCAUUUUCUUAUGUAGCCUACAAUUUUAUGGUGUCGCAAUCUUUUUCUGCCUAACAAAAUGUCAGUUUGGAACUUUUUAUACUUUAAUACAGAGAUUGAACGAAUGAUUUUGCCUGUGCUGGACUUUGUAUUGGGAUCAGUACGUGUCAAGAGUUUUCUUUUUAAAGGUCUUGUGAAAACAUCAUCAUCGUACCGUCAACAGGUAAUUUUUCUGUAAAGUUGAAUGGAACAUUAUCAUUUUUUGGAACUUUGCCCCGUCAAGAUGAGCAGGGUGCCGUCCAAUCCAUGAAUAAUGAAAUGGCUGCUGAGACCACACAUCACUUAUAGGGUAAAAAAAUUAAUGGAAUAAUCAUUUAACGUUGUAGAAAUUCUGCAAACAAAUCUCCUCUGAAGGAUCUUUGGAUGUCAAUCACGUACACACAGAGAUUCUUCAACGAGAUCCUUCCAUUUAUGGCCAUGCCUAUUCCUUUCUACUCUUUUGCUUUGUUUUUUUCUCGAAAUGCAUGUAUGCAAGAAUGGGACCUGUUGGUUCGAGUGUUCAGUGGAUUAGUGGGAUAUAAAAAUGUGCAAAACGAAAUCCUCAGUUUGGACUCCAGACUUCAGCUUUACCUGCUACAUUAGGCCACAAGUACUAGCCGCCUCCAGUCUGCCACCAUGCACUGGGGAGUCCCCCGUUCCUGGCCGUUCAGAGCAUGUCACACCCCUAGAGAGCUGGUCUCGCCGGAGCUGAUUAUCUUAAUGGGUUGGGUGGAGACACACUGAUCGUGACUUGUGGUGUACAGUGUUCUCUGCUUGUUUCUCUUCCCCGUUUCAGGGGCCAUUUGUCACUAGGAAAAGGCACCGAAAAAAUUGGAAAAAAUGCUCGCUGUACUAGUUUUCUUGGGAAAUGUCUUCUGUUCGUUUACACUCUGUUCCACAGCCUGAGAUCAUCAUCUGUCAUUCCAUGAAGUAAUCUUUCACAGUCAACCCAUCUGGAAUCAUGUACGGAUAGGCAGUCAUCCAUGGAGUUCUUCGUUUCCCAUGGGCUCAAGGAUGUAAUUUUUUGUUAUAUACGUGAAGUUAUUCUUUAGCAGUAUAGUAUCCCUAUUUGGCGUGGAGGCCCUCAGUGGGUGAAUUUUAGUUGUGGGAAGACAGUGGAGCUUGGCGAGAGGAACACAAGUGAUUUAGCUCUGCCUAGCUUUCCAACCCACCCCGUCUGGUUGCUUGAUGCUCUUCUCCACAGGCGUUUCCUGAAGGGAGCUUCUGUUUUGUAGUUCGUCUCCACUUGUCAGAUUUGAUGGUCUCUGCAUUUCACCCGAUUCCGAAGCGCCUUUAUUCGCCCAGGAACCCUUUAUAGAGGCAUGCCUUAGAAGCCUGAGCUCAUGUCUAAUAAUGAGGUGGAUGGAGGUACUAGAUUGCUAAGAUUAACGAGGCUCAUCACGUCUAUUCUUGGAGGCAUCUUUCGGAUGUAAGUGAAGUUGACUUUUUCCCCUAUGUGGGCAUUUUUUGGUUUGACUUUUGUAAUGUCUUUAAACAGGCGUCAGCAGAAGGCAGAGUUGAAAAUACUAGAAGAAGAAACCGCUCGAAGAGUGGAAGAAGCCAUACGUAAGAAUGUUGAAGAGAGCCUGAAGUCUGAGGAGUUCAUGUUGGAGAUACGGCAGCUUCUCGAAGAGGGUCGAAGGCGGUUAGUUGACGAUGUGGCGGCUCAGCUUGCUUCAGAAAAGGAAGAUGCCCUCGGUCAAGCGAGGCGAAAAAAGGUUGGAUUUCAUACAAAUCUGUAGCAACUCUGUGCCAAAUUUUUUAUUUUUCUUCCCCAAAAUGGAUUUCUCCUCUGAAAUCUUUUGGAGAAAUUAGUGGGUUGCCUGGAAAAUGCUUAUUUUUUCCAUGCCCAUCCUCCCCGACGAGGCCCAGAAGGAAAUCUGGCAUCUCUUCUGCUGACCCCCCCUAAGUUUUCCUAAUGUUCAAACUAUCAGGAGCAGGCUCAGACGGAGAGGGAAGAACUGGACAGGAUUCUCGAGGAGAACCGCCGGAAGGUGGAGGAAGCCCAGAGAAGAGAAGCUCUGGAGCAGCAGCAGCGGCAGGAGGAAAGGUUCAGGGAGCUGGAGCUCCGGCAGAAGCAGAGGGAAGAAGCCACGGUGAGGAAGAAGUCCGAGGAGGCGGUGGAGAGGGCGAGCCAGAUGAAGCUGCUGGGGAGAAACAAGUCCCGCCCCAAGCUCUCCUUUGCUCUCGGUCUCAAGUAA